GGUAUCCCGGUUAGCGUGAGAACUGUUGGGUUACGUAGUUUGCGUAAACACAGCAGAAUAUCAUAUUUUUGUGGCGUUUUGUUGUGAUGGAUGUUCUAUGUGAAAGUGUUCCUAACGAGGACGACUGUGGUACAAGAUACUCCUCGUCCUCUAGUGAAGAUGACGAACGUAUGGACCAAGGCGUUGCGAUGACUUACAUGACUCUUGAUUCAAUUUUAAAUGAUAAUUCGCGAAUGUUUGAAUUUCUGAGAAGUUUUGGUGUGCUUGCGAACAAAUACGUAUGUGCUACGUGUCGGAAGCCUAUGUCCUGUGUGAAGGUUGGAACGAAUAGAUGUGGCGAUGGGCUUAUGUGGCGUUGCGCGAAAGACAAAGUGUGGAGGUCAAUUCGUAAGGGUACUUGGUUCGAAAAGUCGAAGAUUAAGCUUAAAAGUAUAGUUCUGUUGACAUACUGUUUUUGUAUGCGUAAAUCUGUGCAAUCCACGUGUCGCAUCACAGGCUUGAGUGACAAAACGGUUGUCGAUUGGUUUUUGUCAUGUAGAGAAAUUUGUUCAGCUUUGAUGAAGAAGAGGGGAAAAAUCGGGGGGCCAGGUGUUGUGGUUGAAUUUGGCGAGUCAUCUUUUGGAAGUAACAAGUAUGAUAAGGGAAGGUGGGUGGCAGAAGUUUGGGUUUGGGGAGCAGUCGUUUGUGGGAAGGACCAUGGUGAAUUGGUUUUGAAUGUGGUUGAGAAGAGGGAUGCUAGGACUUUACAGUGGUUCAUUGAAGAGCAUGUUGAAAAUGGUACUGUUAUAUAUUCAGAUAAAUGGGACAGUUAUGAGGAUGCAGAGGAGUUUGACCUUCAGUCGUUUGCAGCAGAUCACAACUACCAGUUCCGGAAUAAAGUGACUGGUACAAUGGAGAGAUAUUGGAAAGAAGUUAAGAGAGUUCUCAAGGGAGGCAAGAGACGGCGCAGUGGUUUGCAGAGUCAUUUGGAUGAGUACAUUUGGAGGGAAAGUGUGUUUGUGCAUGGGUGUGCAUUUCAUUCGUUCAUGCAGAGUGUUGGAGCCCUAUAUGUUCCACGUGUAGAGGAUUAAGAUGUGGAUUUGCUGUUUGGGUUUGGUUGCAGGAGAGGUGUGUGGGGGGAGGGGCUGGAGAGGGAUAUUUGGUUUUUGUGUACGCUGUUAUUUAUCAACCAUGUGUGUGGAGCAUCUGGCUGUAGAAUUGUGAGUUGGUCGACCUGAAACCUUGUCAUUGUGGAGACAUUUUUAUGAUGCCUACUUUUCUUUCACUUUCUCAGUUUACCAUGCGACACACAAAUGAAGCUUGCUGUUAUCUUUGUGAUCAGUGAUAUUCAGUUUUAACUGAAACUAUGGACAACACAUAGUGCCACCUGAUGAGGAAUGUGUUAAGCAUUCUAAUAAGAGCCUAGAUUUGAAUAAGCUCACGUGGAUAAGUCAAGUGCACCGGCUGGUCAGGCGUGAAAGACUGCGAAUCACGGUGACUGAUCACGGCACCUAGUAGCCGUAGUUGGAACUGGACAGUGACGCUGUGACACGUGGAAAUAGUGCACCUCGUACUCUGGACUUUAUUGCUACCAAGUUUGGUACUGACAAGAAACUCAGUGGGGUCCAGUCAGGUGUAAUCUUGUGAUUAUAUUCUGGAGGAUUCCUUUUCCUGCAACUACCAAACACUUGGGUCCAGGAGCCAGUGAAAAAAUAAAAGACUGAGGAGGGGCAUGGGAUGCCUCUUCAAAUCCAUUGUGAUGAGGCAGAGAAAAACCUUUUCUUCUGAAGAAAAGAAGCCUGGUGCUAGAUAACGAUUAAGGAAGAUAUUUUGAAUAAAUGUAUUCUGAAUUGCGAGGAACCUAAAGAACCUUUACAAAUCAACAUAAAUACCCCAAUAAAAACCAAACCUAACAAACUAGACCCUCCAACUUUCCAACAAGGAGAAGAAAUUCUUGAAGAACAAAAAAAUUAUAAGGCGUGUGGAGAAGAUCAGGUUUUUGUUGAAAUGUGGAAAUAUGCAAGUGACACAGUCAAGACCUCCUUACACAUGGCUCUAACAAAAAUUUGGGUAACAGAACAAUUUCCCGAACAUUGGACCACAGCUAUCAUCCACCCACUACACAAAAAGGGAGAUAAGAACAACCCAGAUAACUACAGAGGAAUCUCUCUCCUAGAUUGCACAUAUAAAAUUCUAUCCAAGAUCCUAUAUGAAAGAAUCAAGGAGCAAUUAGAACAGGAGUUAGGGGAAUAUCAGGGAGGUUUCAGACCAUGGAGAAGCUGUGCAGAGCAGAUAAUUAGUUUAAAAUUGAUUAUGGCAUACUACAAGAAACGGAACAAACCUCUGGCAAUAACAUUUGUAGAUUUUAAGAAGGCAUAUGACUGUCUCCACAGACCUUCAGUAUUAAAAAUUUUAAGAAAUCUAGGACUCCAUCCAAAACUAAUUAAAAUAAUACAACUCACUCUAACCAACACCAAAUCAAAAGUGAAGUUUAGAGGAGAAAUUUCGGAACCAUUCCUCAUAAAAACAGGCUUAAGACAAGGUGACUGCCUAUCACCAUUACUUUUCAACUGUGCACUGGAAUACAUAAUGAGAGAAUGGUACAAGGACAAUCCAAAGAGGAUAAGAAUUGGAAGUGCAAAAGAUGAUAUUAGCUUAAACUGUAGCCAACACCGUUCAAGAAGCCAGGCAACAAGUGAAAUCACUACAAGAAAUAGCAGAGAAAGUAGGCCUUAGAAUAUCAUUUGAAAAAAUGGAGAUUAUGCUAACUGAUCCACCACUUGCAAACAAAAUUACAAUAGGAGAACAGGAAAUAAAAAUUGUUGAUAAAUUUAAGUAUUUAGGCGAAAUAAUAACAUACAAUCUAAAUGAGAAGCCAUCAUGGCAAAAUAAAAUAAAAAAACUGAACUAUGCAAAUUACAUUACCAAAACUACAUACAACAAAAAAGCCUAUCUAUAGAUGCAAAAUUAAAACACUAUAAAACAGUUACACAACCAGAAAUAAUGUAUGCAGCUGAAACUAUCUUCAAAACAACUAAUACAGCAGAAAUUGACAGAAUACUAAAAAUAGAAAGAAGAAUAAGUAGGACAUGUAUAAAUAAACAGUAUAAAAUAAAUGGACAUUGGAGAAUAGCAUCAAAUGAAACAGUAUAUAAGAAAAUAGAACCAGUCAUGAGCACAAUCAGGAAGAAACGCAUCUCAUUCUUUGGACAUCUGAUGGGAACUCCAGAAAACAGAAUUAGUAAAAAAAUAAUACAAAAAUUGUGGAAUAGCAAGAGCGACAUUAAAUGGAUCACAGAAAUUAAGGAAAAUAUAAAAGAACUUCAAAUUACAGUAGAUGACCUAAAAAACAAGACAGAGAAAACCAGAAUACUGCGAGACCCGCAAACCAGACUACAAAUGAAAAUCAAUAAAAGGAGUACAGGAAGAGUUGUCUCAGAUGAAAAAAAAAAAAAAAAAAAAAAAAAAAAAAAAAAAAAAAAAAAAAAAAAGAAAA